AUGUUGACAUAAAGACAAUAAUUCAAUAUUCUUAAUGAAUUUGAGUAAAAAAAUGUACUUCUAAAUUACAAAAAAAGUAUUUUAUAGAUUAGAUUAUAACAUAAUUUAUUGCUAAACUCAAAUUUCGAAAAAUGAAUGUUGAUAACAAUUCUGAUCCGAAUGAGUCAUUGGAAGCACCUGAAGAUGAUGAUUUUGGAGAUUUUGAAGGAGCUGAAGAUGAAGCUCCUGAAGCCGUACAAGCAAUGAUUGGUGGUCCUAAUUGGGUGUAUCCCGAUCUUGUAAGAAUACAAUCGACGAACAACAAUACUCAAAACGAUAUGAACAAUCAUGAACUUAAUAAUUUAAACAAUCAAAAUCGUCAAAACUCUCAUCGAAUAUUGGAUCCUCCGGAUGUUUCUUUACUCACAAAUAUUUCAAAUUCUCAUUGCUCGAAACCACAGCAAACAUUAGAUCUUUGCAGCUCCUUAGGUUCAUCUUCGGCUAUUGCUUCUAAAUUGAUAUUUAAUAGUGGGAAUAAUUAUACAUCUCCAAGCAAAUGCUGUGCCGGUCCAACCAGUGUAUCAUCACCGUCAUCCGGAUCAUCAUCAUCAUCAAUGGCUGUUACAAAUAUAUCUGGCUUGGUUCUAAGUAAUUCAUCAAAUUCAUCGUCUCCAAGCUUGCCCCACAAUAAUAAAAAUAACAGCCUAAAUAAUCCUAUUCCAUCCACAUCUAAUGGUAUAAUUUCAUCUUCCACUGUGUUUAGUAUGAAUCAACAGCUGUCACAAAUGGAACAACGAAUCCGUUCGCUUCAGACAGAGAAACGUUUACUACAAGAACAGCUUUGCGAACGCGAUAAUCGAAUCAACGAUUUGCAAAGAAUUGCUCACCAUCAACAGCAUCAAACAUGUGUGGAACCGAAUAGCAACGUAAGAUCAUUGGAAGAAACGAUUGGUCGUCGUAUCGAUUCUGCAGUCGAACGUAUUGAAAGCAAUUUAGAAUCAUCCAUGGCCGAUAUAGUAAAUCGUGUUGAACGAUUGGAAAGAAAAGUGGAUAAAAACAUCUCUUCUGGAUCGUUGACUAAUGGUAUGGUUAUUGAUAAUGGUAAUGGAGAAUUAUUACAUCAUGAAUCAUGUCUUCAAUUGUUUCAACAGUUGAAACAAGAACAACAACAAGAACGACAAGAAUAUAUGAAAACAUUGUCGAACAUUCUAUCUCAUGCAUUACAUGAGCUGAACAAUACAUUCAAACCUUGAAUUAUCGUUUUGUUUCAAAGAAAAAAUUAUUUUAAUUGUAAAUAUUUUUUUGUACAUCAU